CUUUUUGUUUCUUCUCCUUCCUCUUCUGAAAACUACAGCAGCAGCAGCUUGUUCUUGUGAAGAACAACAAUUCUGAAACAGAAAAAUUGAAGCUUGAAGCUAAGGGAAAAAAAACCUGAAAUUGAAAUCACUGAAGAAAAAUUGAUGUUUAACUAAAGGAGAAAGUUUACUGAUUUUGGUAGUGUAAGAUAAAUGGAUUACAGCAAAGAAAUAGAAAAUCAGAUUAGGCAAAAUCAGCAGCAGAAGCAGCAGCAGCCAUGUGUCCCAGCAAUUCUGUUGAGAUCAAAAAAGCUGAAAGUUUCCAGUGGAAAUCAGCAAAAUCAAAUAAAUGGUGUCGAAAAUAGGUACUCUCAAGAAGAAAAUCCAGCAAUUUCCAGUGGAAUACCUUCAGAUACUUGGGGAAAAGCUGUUUGUAGCAGAAAUUUGGGUCAUGCUGAAAUCACCACCUCUUUAUUAGCCGAGUCGAAUAAGGUUCCUUUUAAAGCACUUCUGAGUUUGGUUGAGAAUGGUGGUGCUUCAGGUGCAUCUACAAGUGGUGGAAUUGAUGUUAGGAACUUUUUUCCUGGUUCGCAUACUCAGAUUAACACUCCACAACAAUCAUCAGCUACAAUGUAUCAGACUCAUUAUAUUGGUUCAAGCAUGAUGAGUAGUAACACUCCAUCGCAUAUACCAAGCUAUGGACUUCAAGCUUCUUACUAUCCUGACUGCCAUCCUAGCUCGCUGUCGAUGGGAGGUUCAGUCUAUGGUGAAACAAUUCUGGUCCAACAUUUGGCGCCAGUAACACCGAAUCUUGGCAAGAGGCUACACAAUCAAGUUUCUGAAUCAUCAAGUACCUGUUUGAGUAAGCAGACAAACCAUGAAAAUGAGAGGCAGCAAGAAGUGACGGAGAAUACAGAGUUUAGUGUAACGGAGCCAAGUUCUCACCAUUCCCCGUCACAGGUGGAGUCCUCGUCUGCAGUACCGAAUGCCCCAGAAAAUGAAAACCACAAAGUUGGCAAAGAAGUGGAAGAUAUUGACCUGAACGCAACCCCAUCACUGCCAAAGAAAAGGCGCAAAAAGCACAGGCCCAAAGUUGUUAUAGAAGGGAAACCGAAAAGGACACCAAACCCUAAGACAGCCAAAGUGGGAGAAAGUAAGACUAUAAAGCGGAAAUACGUGAGAAAGAAGGGCGUACAACCUAGCGAGAAUUCCUCGGUGCGUCCUAGGGAUAAUGCUGAUCCAACAUGGGAGCCUGAUCCUAAACGUGUUCUGGAUUUUGAUGGUGAAUCAGAAGCAAGAGAUACGAACCAUACAGCUGCACUAGAUCACCAAAAGGGUGUCCAAAGUUGUAAUGUUGGUGAAAGCUCUUUAUGCCCAUUGGAAGUAACCUCAGAUUCUGAAUUUCCAGCUUCUCAUGAUUCUUCAGGCUCCAAGAUUUGCAGCAGUAUCCGGAAUUCUACUCAAGGCCAGAGAGUAGUAGGCAACAAACCAACUUAUGCUCAGUUCGACCUUAACUUGUCGAGUGAUGAUUGUCUCUCCUUUCAGGAAAGUCAACAGAUAAGGGAAGAUUCAAGAAAUAUAACAGUCAGCGAGAGUGGAAGAGGGAUAAAGAGACCAUACUUCCAUGUUAUCGAUGAAACACAUCCGCAUUCAAUGAACAUUCAUGGGGCGCAACUGAACUCCAUGCCAAUGUACCCAAAAGUGUUUAAAGGAAAGGAUCUUCUACUAGACACUAUUUCUGUUCUUUUCCCACACCAAAAGAAGAGGAGAACAGAAAAAGGCCAGAGCACAACCACGUCUGGUACAUCGAGUACAAGAAAAGGUCUCAAAGAUGGUGAGAAGCAGACAAGAGGAUGGGGACAGAUCCAUCCAAAUUCCAGUAACUCUGCAUCACUACUGGAAGAUGUGCAAUCAUCUGGCUCAAACGUCAUGAAUGGGCAACAUAAUGCUGUAGGCAGACAGUUCGGAAAUCUGCAGUCUUCUCCACUAAUGCUGAAAUUUAGUCCUACAGGGAGUAAGAGACAGAGAACCAAAUUGUCUCAUAGGCAUCGCAGUGUCGAUUCCUUAAAUGCAAUUAUGGAAUCAACCCAAUUUCCAUCAACUCCUCCCAAAAUCGAAUCAAGCAAAGGAGGGAAGAGAAGAAUGGAUGUCUACAUUGGGGAAUCCCAAUCAAAUAUGGUUCUUGCGCUGGAUAAUCAAGCAGCAAGGAUGAUAACGAAGAAGCGGACUAAAAGAGUAACCCGUAAGGUAGAUACAUCAUCUUACUCGUACACAGAUCAAGCGUACUUAUAUGAGCGAGAAAUUGCUCUAUUCGAGUCGCAGUACUACCAAUCCUUCACUAAAUCAAGAGGUUCCCCAAAUGCAAUAAAGCUUGAUGACAUUCCUUCACUUGAUCAGCUAGUUCAAAAUUUUUAUUCCAUUAGCAUCAAUCGUGAAAGCACCCCAGCAAUGAUGCAAAAACAUAAAUCAAUUGUUCCAUUUGUUCACACCCCAGCAAUCAUGCAAGAAAGCAAUGCAAUAGUUCCAUUUGGUCGAUUACAAGGAUUCAACUCCAAGGCACUUGUUACGUUUGAACCUCCUAAGAAACGGAAGCCGCGUGCGAAAGUGGACCUGGAUCCAGAGACUGACAGAGUAUGGAAUCUACUGAUGGGAAAGGAGAGUGACCAUGGUGUUGAAGGAACAGAUGUAGAUAAAGAAAAAUGGUGGGAAGAAGAACGAAGAGUUUUCCGUGGGCGGACAGAUUCAUUCAUUGCUCGCAUGCAUCUAAUUCAAGGCGACAGGCGCUUCACGAGAUGGAAAGGAUCAGUUGUUGACUCAGUGAUUGGAGUUUUUCUCACUCAAAAUGUCUCAGACCAUCUUUCUAGUUCUGCAUUCAUGUCCCUUGCCUCACGUUUUCCCCUUCAGUCAACAAGCAACCAAACAACAUGCUAUGAAGACGGGACAGAAGUAUUCGUAGAGGAGCCAGAUGAGCCAGAGCAAUGUCAUGAAAAUCUUUCAGCUGAACCAAUAUGUGACCAAGGUUCAAUUACUUUCCAAGAAAUUGAGCCUGUUGAAGAAAAAGAAUACGACUCACUUGUAAGCAACAUUCCAAGCAGCAGCUUGCUGAAUGAACUGAAAGGGAAUCAGUUUGCUAUCAACCAAGGCGAAUCAGAUUCUCUAGCAAAUUCAAUAGGAAUCCAGCACUUCAUAGAGAGAGAGUACAUCAGAACAGCAGAAGAUGCAUUUUCAUCUAGAUGUUCAAUGAGUGCUCAUAAUGCUGAGCAAAUUGCGGCCAUGGGUAGAACGGAUGCAUGUUUAGCAGAUUCUAAGAAUAGUAGAACGGUGGAGGAUAUAGUUUCUUCACAGAACUCGGUAAUUUCAUCCCAGACUUCUGACUCUUCUGUAAUUCAGACAGCUGAACUGAUAGGGUCAUGCUCUGGUUCCAAUUCAGAGGCAGAAGACAUGAUAAUAGCUUGUCAGCCCAACAGUUCGGAUGCGACUGGGCCAUUUACACAUCUCCUACAGAUGGCAAGUACAAAGAGGUUGCAAGGAUGUUUUGAUCAUACAUGUGGCAGCGUAACUCAAGCAGAGAUCAAUUCGCCUGACAACAGGAGGAUAGGUUUGGACAAACUAGAUGCUCCUGCAGACUUGCAUCUCCUAGUAUCAAACUCUUAUAGGAGCAACUCUGAUUUGCGCAUGACUCCAGAUUUAAACGUGCUGGAAGCUGAGUCUCUGGAGGCUCUGGGUCAAGAAAGUACAGGCCGGGACAGCUCUAGCAAAGUGUACUCCCCAGAAAUGGCGAAAAACGAUGCUGCAUCUCCGAACUACUCCUACCCAAGCGCUCAAGGACCACCACCACCAGUGCAAUCAUCAAAUAGCGGCUUCAGACAAGAAACUGAUCCCGAACAGCAUCCACAAUGUUGCAAAGAAUUUCAGGGCGACAGAAGCGAGGUUUUGCAACCUGGAAUGUCUCAACUUGUGGAACCUGGGGACCCUGUUGAAACACUGCUACAAUUAAGGAACUGUACAAUGCAGCAAGCAAGUUCAAGUUUUCCAGAGCAUCACAGAGAGAACUCGAAUGUUGAGGAGACCACAGAUUUGAUGGCCUCGCAGACACUAAUUCAGAACAAGCGGGUGGAGUCGAAUUUAAGUGUGCACAUUCAUUCAUCUGAAAAAUCAUUCAGUGAGACUACUGUUACUGCUGCUGUCGACGCUCCGAAAGCUAAGAGAAAACCCGUCAAAGAGAAAAAGGAAGAAUUUGAUUGGGAUAGCUUAAGAAGGGAUGCAUGCCUUAAAGGUGCACAAAGAAAAAGGACAGCAAACACAAUGGACACAUUGGACUACGAGGCAGUGAGGCGUGCAGAAGUGAGUGAAAUUGCUAAAACCAUCAGGGAAAGAGGCAUGAAUAACAUGCUUGGAGAGCGAAUCAAGGCUUUUCUCAACAGAGUAGUUAAAGACCACGGAAGCAUAGAUCUUGAAUGGUUAAGGGACGUCCCACCUGAGAAAGCAAAGGAUUACCUGCUAAGCAUACGGGGAUUGGGACUAAAAAGUGUUGAAUGUGUUCGCCUUUUAACCCUUCAUCAGCUUGCUUUCCCUGUUGACACAAAUGUUGGUCGUAUAGCUGUAAGACUGGGAUGGGUUCCUUUACAACCUCUUCCGGAAGAGGUUCAACUGCAUUUAUUAGAACUGUACCCAAUGCUGGAGUCCAUUCAGAAAUACCUUUGGCCACGGUUGUGCAAACUGGAUCAACCAACACUGUAUGAACUACACUACCAGAUGAUUACAUUUGGAAAGGUUUUCUGCACAAAACACAAGCCAAAUUGUAACGCAUGUCCAAUGAGAGCUGAAUGUAGACACUUUGCAAGUGCUUUUGCAAGUGCUAGGCUUGCCCUACCCACACCACCGGAGAAAGGUAUAGUGCCUUCUAAUGUCCCUCUUGGGCCCCACUCACAAGCAGGUGUGUAUACCAAAGGACCACAACUGACUCUACAGGAGCCAGACUUUACAUCGGGAAUUCCAUUUGGAACACUGUCUCGAACAAAUCAGUGUGAUCACCAGAACCUUUGUGUGGGAGCAGCUUUUCCAACCAACACGUGUGAACACUCAGACUUUCCUUUGGCAUCAACAUCAAGAACCAUUCAGUGUGAACCUAUUGUGGAGGUACCUGCGAGCCCGGAACCUGAACCUGAUGAAGCCACACUGAGUGACAUAGAGGAUGCUUUCCUAAACGGCGAUCCUGACGAAAUCCCUACCAUUCAUCUCGACAUGGAGGAGUUUUCCUUGAACUUGCACAAAGUUGUUCAAGAGAACAACAUGCAGGUCCAUUUAGAUGCUGUGUCAACUGCUUUAGUAGUAGCCUCUAACAAUCCGUCAAUUCCUGUGACAAAGCUAAAAAAUGUGGGUCGACUACGGACGGAGCACCAAGUGUAUGAGCUUCCGGAUAACCACAUUCUGCUAAAAGGGCGGGAUAGACGAGAAACUGAUGAUCCAUCUCCUUACAUGCUUGCCAUAUGGACACCAGGUGAAAUUGCUAAUUCUACGCAACCUGGAGAGCAAAAUUGUGUUCUGCAAGGAACGGGAACUCUGUGCAAUAGAGCAACAUGUUGGUCAUGCAACAAUGCACGAGAAAAAGAAUCCCAAAUAGUCAGAGGGACUCUGUUGAUACCAUGCAGAACAGCAAUGAAAGGGAGCUUUCCGUUGAAUGGCACAUAUUUUCAAGUUAAUGAGGUGUUUGCGGAUGAUGAGUCUAGCCGAAAUCCAAUUGAGGUUCCAAGAUCGUUUUUAUGGAACCUUCCUAAGCGGAUAGUUUAUUUUGGAACAUCUGUAACAUCAAUAUUUAAAGGUUUAACAGCAGAUGCCAUUCAAAGCGCUUUCUGGAGAGGAUUUGUUUGUGUUAGGGGAUUUGAUCACAAGGCAAGGGCACCUCGUCCUCUCUAUGCUAGAUUACACUUGGCUGCAAGCAGGAUGGGCAGGAAUGGUGCAAAAAUACCUGAAGAAUAAUCAGUGAUGAAGCCCUACAUGUUCAAAUCAUUAACUUGGAUAACCCUAAAGAAGAUGCGCUGAGGUGCGAGCAGAGGGAACGACUAAAUGCUCUCAGAUGUACCACCUCUUCCCAGUGAUCAGUUUUCAAGAAUCCUAACAUGUGAACAGUGAAGAGAUAUCAUAGACAGAGAACAAAGGGUGGAAGGAUAAGGAAGAAGGAUGGGAUGAGAUGAGAUGAGAUGAGAUGUAUAGAUAAAGAAGUUUUGAAAUGUCACUAGUCCUCUUGUAGCUUGUACAAUUAGAUAAUGAUUAUUUCAUUUCGAAGCUCAAAUUUGAGCCACUUAUCUAAGCUUCCGCUGAUCUCAUGUGAGAAUGUAAUGUUACUAUGGAGUGUUUGCACCUGUACAUACACCCAAGUUGAGCAACAUGAAUAAAAAGGAAUCUAAUGACCACC